AUGUGUAUGUAUUAUCUUGCAACUCGUGCAUUAAAUGAGCGACAUACAGCUGAUUAUAUAUCGGAAAAUCUGCUUGAUAUUUUGAAAAAAUGGGAUAUUCCACUCACCAAAAUUCGUGCGGCUGUAACAGAUAAUGCUAGUUCAAUGUUGGCUGCCAUACGAAUGUCUCUUGGCGAAAAAAAACAUUUACCGUGUUUUGCGCAUACUAUAAAUCUUGUAGUUGAAGAGGCAUUAAAGUUAUCUAGUGUUAAUUCAGCUAUUAUAAAAGUACGAGAAAUUGUUAAUUGGAUAAAAAAUAUGUCGGAUAAGCUACGAAAAAUCCAAAUGCGUAAUAAUGUUUCGGAAGAAUCAGUUUUAAAACUUAUUGAAGAUAUAAGAACUAGAUGGAACUCAACUUUUUUUAUGUUAGAGCGAUUCCUUAAGUUAAGAAUAGUAAUAUCAGAAAUUGUAAUUGAGAGUGAGGCUCCAAAUUUGCCAAGUGCUGUGGAAAUGGAAACUUUGAAUGAGCUUACAGCUGUUUUGAAGCCUUUUGAAUACGUAACAAGAGAAUCAUCCGGCCAAAAGUAUGUAACAAUCUCCAAAAUUAUACCAAUGCUUAAUUGCUUAACUACGAAACUGAAUAGUAUAACUCCAAACUCUGCUAUCGUAAAAGAAUGUAAGGAUGUUUUAUUGAGAGAGCUGAAAAGGAGGUAUGGGAUGAUUGAAUUAAACGACCAUGCGGCCAUUGCUACACUUUUAGACCCAAGGUUUAAAAACUUGCAUUUCCAAGACCCCUCUGCAUGCGGAAGGGCUAUUCAAAAACUUAGAACCAUGGUUGUCGGACAAUUAAGUAGCCCAAGUGAGUCAGAAGAUGAUGUCUCAUCUAUUGCACCACCUGAAUAUGAUUUUUGGAAACAUCAUAAGGAGUUAGCACAUGGACACAAGAAGAAAAAGAAAUCUCAUCAGGGAGAUGAAGUUUCUCUUUAUUUAUCAAAUGCAGUAGUUUCUCUUAAAAGCAACCCAUUUGCAGAAUGGGACGACAUGAAAUUUGUUUUUCCUUGUCUGUACAAGUAUGCACAGCAGUAUUUAAUAGUUGUGGCAACGUCAGUUCCGAGCGAGUGCCUCUUUUCCAAAGCCGGUGCUACAAUGUCUCACACAAGGAACAGAUUGUCUCCGAAAUACCUGGAACAGGUACUGUUUUUGGGCAAUCUAGAUUUCAAAGAGUUUUUUGUUUAA